AUGCUUCACAAACGAAAGGGCAAUGAUGCGACCCUCUUCACUGUACCUGAUACCUCGACAACUGAAAAGCAUCCGCGAGUCCCCCUUGCCUGUGAAUCGGACCGCACCGCUAGGGAGAAGUGCGACGCAAUACUCUUUAACAUUGCUGCCACAACCGCCGAAGCUUGUCAUCAUAGAACUUUUAGCAACCGUUGCGUUAAGUUUGAGGCUAUCAAACUGCCUCUUACAAAUAAAAUAGCCGACUGGCGAGGCGUGGCUGGGCCCUCCAGGAAGUGUGGUCACCGAGUGCACUGCACUAUUCGCGCGAUCGGAUGUAUUGAGAAUGUGAAUAUUACACAAAGCUUUUAUAUUAAGAAAGGCGGUUUGGUUUACGAAGAGGCUGAUGAAGCGCGGUUGCUUAUCAUCAGGCUUCAUGGUCUAGUGGUAUGA